GGCGGCAGAAGCCGAAUGGUGGAGCUGAAGAUGGCGGAUGGCGACAGCGGGAGUGAGCGUGGAGGCGGUGGCGGUGGUGGUUUCCAGCAUUUCCAGAGGGACCAGGAGACCCAGGAGCUUGCGUCCAAGCGCCUCGACAUCCAAAACAAGCGCUUCUACCUGGACGUGAAGCAGAACAGCAAAGGCCGGUUCAUCAAAAUUGCCGAGGUGGGAGCCGGCGGCUCCAAGAGCCGGCUGACCCUCUCCCUAUCGGUGGCGGCGGAGUUCCGCGACUACCUCGGGGACUUCAUCGAGCACUACGCGCAGCUGGGGCCUAGCAGCCCGGAGCAGAUCGCCCAGAGCACCGCGGGUGAGGACGGCGGUCCUCGGCGAGCUCUUAAAAGCGAGUUCCUCGUCCGGGAGAACCGCAAGUACUACCUGGACUUGAAGGAGAACCAGCGCGGGAGGUUCCUCCGGAUCCGGCAGACGGUAAAUCGAGGCCCCGGCUUCGGAGGCGUCGGAGGCCCAACGGGCGGCAUGUUGUCCGGACAGACCAUAGCGCUUCCGGCCCAGGGGCUCAUAGAGUUCAGAGACGCGCUGGCGAAGCUCAUAGACGACUACGGAGGAGACGACGAGGAGCUGGCCGCAGGAGGUGCGGCCUCCUGCAGCGAGCUACCCGAGGGCACCUCCAUCAUGGUGGACUCCAAGCGGUUCUUCUUCGACGUCGGCUCCAACAAAUACGGCGUGUUCCUGCGGGUCAGCGAGGUGAAGCCCAGCUACAGGAACUCCAUCACGGUGCCGCUGAAGGCCUGGGGCAAGUUCGGAGGAGCCUUCGGGAGAUACGCGGAGGAGAUGAAGGAGAUCCAGGAGAGGCAGAGGGAUAAAGUGUACGAGAGGAGGGACGAGGAGUCCGAGGGGGACGACGUGGAAGACGACUGAAGAUCUGAAGAUCUAAAGAUAACAGCUGGUAGUUGCAGACACAUCUGCAGUAUUUAGGGAGUAUUUUGUAAAUUCAAAGAUAUUCAGUUUACUGUCGCAGAGGAGCAAAGUAACCAGAAAAUAUUCACACUCAACAAGCUGAAAUUAAAGAAUUUUCCCUGAGAAAUUACUCAAACCGAUGAAUUGAUUAUCAAAAUAUUUGCAUAUUAAUUUAUAAUUUGACAACUAAACGAUUUAUUGACAAAUGGUUGCAGCUCAACUGUUCGUUGUGCAGCAUAUUAUUGUUCCUUUAGUCCAUAAAAAUACUUUCAAAUGGAGAAAAAAAAUCACCGUCAAAGAUUUCUAAAGUUAUUUAAGUUGCAUAUUUUACAAAGAUAUUCAGUUUAUAAUAAUGUAAAACAGAAAAAAAGCAUCAAAUCCUCCCAUUUGAGAAGAUGAAAACUGAUCUUUUGUUUCUGUUUUGAUUUAGAGAAUAAAGAAACCAGCUGUUGGUUACAGACACAUCUGCAGUCUAGAGGGUGUAUUUUACAUAAAAACAAGAAAAAUGACAAGUGCAUGACAAAUCGUGCUGUAAUAGCCUUCUAAAGUAAUGUGGCGUUAACAAAAAACACAAAAAAAUACAUGUGCGGGGGGAAUAUUUGGUGUUUUAUCCUAAACGUUCGUAGGGUUUGGAGUGAUCUCUGAGAAAGUAGAUGAAAUGUGUAAAAUGAGAGGAGGAAGAAAAGAGUGCUUUAUUGUUAAAAGAUGAAAUAAUAAAAGAGCGGAGAGGGAGAACCUACUAAAACCAGCAGAUUUGGUUUUUAUAACUUAGAAAUAAAGCCAAUGAAUGCUUUUCCUAUUUGCAACAUAGUUUAUAUUUAAACAAAGCGUGGAGGCGUGUUUUAAGAUGUUUCUUCCUCCAGUUUAAGGAGAGAUAACUAAAAAGCAUCCAUUGUGUUCCUGUUCCGGUCCAGGUCUCUCCUCGGGGCAGAUUGUGGGGUUUAUAUUACGUUGUUGUUGCAGCAGGUCGGUCAGAUGAGAACCUGAGAUACAUGUGUAGAACGCUGCUGUGGAUGUUUGGAUGCAGUUAAUCAAAAAAGAUUACCCAAAAUAUUAGAGGGGACGUUCAGAGGAUUAUCUUUUAAAGCCCAAACAACGACACGAGUGUGCAGACGUGAAGAACGUGAAGCUUUGACUCCAGAAGUCAACAACAGAGCGGGUCAGCUGGGUUUUAUGUUAUACAUAUACCAUCUUAGCCGUAUUUACAAAAAGCAUACCUUUCCAGUCGGAGUCAGAAGUUCCUGGCACCAGAGCAUCCCUGGUGUCUGAGAGCGAUGGCCAACAUGGUGGAGGGCUGUGUUUGGGUCCCCACCACCACCAAGGGGCCAACACCCAGACCUCCGUACAGGACUUCUCCCUCUGUGGCGCUACAAGGGUCCAAAUAUCUGGCGCUUUGGACGGGAGCUCCUCUGACCUUCGAGCUCUUCCAGACCGCUGUCCCAUCAUCCUCUCUCGGUCAGAGCUGGACAGACGGCCGUCUCAGCCCGACGUUAACGUCUUCCAUCACGUGAAGACGCUGGACAGAAACAUCGAUGGAUGUUUGUUUGUGUUGUUUUCAAAAAGAGAACUAUAUUAAAAAUGAGAUUCUACUUAUAGGAACAUAAAAAUAUUACCGCGCAAACCAGCAGAAGAUAUUUUGAAAUACGUAUAAAGGAAAAUGUAUUGUGUAAAGGAACUUCAAGUCUAAAAUAACAAUAAAAAGGUUAAUUUCUUAAAACAAAGUUGUGACCCAAACCUCCAGAUUCUUUUGUUUCUUCCUAGAGUGAAAGUAUAACACUUCCUUAAUUAAAACAACUUUAAAUGCAA